AUGGCCGCUCCAGCACGAACCCUACGGCACCUCUCGUCCGUAAGGACUUCCCUCUCACCCGCCCCAACAUCGACCCUCACCCUCCACUACCGCACCUACGCUACCACCGACAACGGCUCCGCCACCAACACACAGGGAAUCACCCGUCGGCGAAAGACCUCCUUCCAAGAUAAACUUAACGCUGGCCCUUCUUUUUCCGACUUCGUAUCUGGCGGAGAUGAGCCCCUCGAGCCGUCAGAGGCUUACGCUCUCAAAAAGGUCAUGGCUGGCCCCGCCGGCCGCAAGAAGGAAAUAACCCGUCUCCCCGACUGGCUUAAGACACCCAUUCCAGACUCGAAGAACUACCAGCGCCUGAAGAAGGAUCUCCGCGGAUUGAACCUGCACACCGUCUGUGAGGAGGCGAAAUGCCCCAACAUCUCCGACUGCUGGGGCGGCGGCGACAAGGCCGCUGCAACGGCCACUAUCAUGCUCAUGGGCGACACCUGUACCCGUGGCUGCCGGUUCUGCAGUGUCAAGACGAGCCGCACGCCCGCCCCGCUUGAUCCGCACGAGCCCGAGAACACGGCCGAGGCUAUCUCGAGAUGGGGACUCGGAUAUGUGGUUUUGACAAGUGUCGACCGUGACGAUCUGGUGGACGGAGGUGCGCACCACUUUGCGGAGACGGUCAUCAAGAUCAAGGCUAAGGCCCCGAGUAUUUUGGUCGAGUGCUUGACGGGUGAUUAUCGUGGAGACUUGGAGAUGGCGCAGGUGGUCGCGCGGAGUGGAUUGGAUGUUUUCGCGCACAAUGUUGAAACUGUUGAGGAGUUGACGCCUCAUGUCCGGGAUCGUCGUGCUACUUUCCAGCAGUCCAUUAGUGUGCUUAAGGCUGCGAAGGCUGCGAAGCCCGAUCUUAUCACAAAGACUAGUCUUAUGUUGGGUCUUGGGGAGACGGAUGAGCAGCUUUGGGAUGCGCUGCGCCAGUUGCGUGCUGUGGAUGUUGAUGUUGUGACCUUUGGUCAGUACAUGCGUCCUACUAAGCGCCAUAUGGCUGUUCACGAGUAUGUUACUCCGGAUCGGUUUGAGGCUUGGCGCCAGCGGGCACUGGACAUGGGUUUCUUGUACUGUGCCUCUGGACCUUUGGUCCGCAGCAGUUACAAGGCUGGUGAGGCUUUCAUUGAGAAUGUGUUGAAGAAGCGUCGCGCUGGAGCUGGACCCGCAACUACGGAGCAGACUGUCGAGCAGCCUGCUACUCAGGCUGAUGAGGCGACCCGCUAG